UCCUUUAUAUUAUAAUGUGGUUACUGUGAAAAAUAUACAAGUGAUACUGAAUUCCAUUCUAACAACUGCUCACUUUUCUUGCAGUGGGUACAACUCCUGACAUAAAUGGAGCGUGGAAACUACUCAGUUGUGACAGAGUUCAUUCUCUUGGGGUUAACAGAAGAUGCUACAGUUUGUGCCAUUUUAUUUGUUGUGUUUCUGGGAGUCUAUUCUGCCACUUUAAUGGGAAAUUUGAACAUAAUCAUAUUAAUCAGAAGCAGCCCUCAGCUUCACACCCCCAUGUACCUUUUCCUCAGCCAUUUGGCCUUUUUAGACAUUGGGUACUCCUCCUCAGUCACACCAAUCAUGCUUAAAGGUCUUCUCAGGAAAGGAACAUUUGUCCCUGUGGCUGGCUGUGUAGCCCAGCUCUGUUCUGUGGUGACAUUUGGGACAUCUGAGUCUUUCCUACUGGCUUCCAUGGCCUAUGACCGCUAUGUGGCCAUCUGCUCACCCCUGCUCUAUUCCACCCAAAUGUCCUCCAGAAUCUGCAUUCUCCUAGUGGCAGCUUCCUACCUGGGUGGAUGUGUGAAUGCUUGGAUAUUCACUGGCUGUUCAUUAAAUCUGUCCUUUUGUGGACCAAAUAAAGUUAAUCACUUUUUCUGUGACUAUUCACCACUUUUGAAGCUUUCUUGUUUUCAUGACUUUUCUUUUGAAGUAAUUCCAGCGAUCUCUUCUGGCUCCAUCAUUGUGGUCACUGUGUUCAUCAUCGCUCUGUCUUAUGUCUACAUCCUUGUCUCAGUCAUGAAGAUGCGAUCCACUGAGGGCCGCCAGAAGGCCUUCUCCACCUGCACCUCCCACCUCACUGCAGUCACUCUGUUCUUUGGAACCAUUACAUUUAUUUAUGUGAUGCCCAAGUCCAGCUACUCCACUGACCAGAACAAGGUGGUGUCUGUGUUCUACACAGUGGUCAUCCCCAUGUUGAACCCUCUCAUCUACAGUCUCAGAAAUAAGGAUGUUAAAGAGGCCAUGAGAAAAUUGAUGGCUAAAGCUCGAUGGUGGUCCUGA